GCCGUAGGGCGCGCGCGGGGGCGGCGGGGUCUCGCCAUGCGCUACAGCGAGCGGGAGCUGCUGUCCCUGGCGCGGCAGCCGGCGGAGAAGGCGGCGGAGAUCCUGAUGCGGGUGCCCAAGAAGGGGAGCGUGCUGAAGAAACGCCUUGUGAAGCUUGUUGUCAACUUUCUCUUCUACUUCCGAACAGAUGAAGCAGAGCCAAUUGGAGCUUUGCUGUUGGAACAUUGUAAAAUCACCAAAGAAGAGGAGAAUGUCUUUUCAAUCAGUUUCAUUGAGGAGCCGGACAGGAAAUACUCCUUUGAAUGUGACACCGAGGAGCAAUGCCAGGAGUGGAUUGAGGCUCUCCGAAGAGCCAGCUACGAGUUCAUGAGAAGAAGUUUGAUUUUCUAUCGGAAUGAGAUUCAGAAGAUGACAGGGAAGGACCCCCUGGAGCAGUACGGAAUCUCCGAGGAAGCCCGAUUCCAGUUGGGAACACGCAAGCUCUAACUGGCAGCCUCCGCCCCUACCCACCCCCAGUGGGGCUUAACUGGCAUUCAGCCACCUCCCCGGGGGGAGGUGACAACACCACCUCCCUGCCAGGGGGAGCACCUGGGACCAAGUGACUUAUUUAUGGGCCAGAUAAUUUGUACUUUUAUUUUUAAUGAAUUCAUUGCACACUCCCCUUCCUGUUUGUCUUCAGCCCCUCGGAGCUCCCAUCUCCCUGCUGGGUUGUGAAAGCAGCAAGUCUUAACUGGCCACUGCUGUGUCAGCUUUAACUUGAUGGACCAUAAAACUGCUAGGCUGAGGGACAUAUGGGCUGCCCACUCCUAGGGCUGCUGAGAACCCUCCUCAGGAGUCCCAGGGGCCUGGGGAUUUCAGCUAUGAUGCUGAUGUGGAAACAAGGCUGGACGUGCCCUGGUGGGAACGGCCCAGUGGUCUUCCAGCAUGUGGUGCUAUUAUAAGGCAGGGAUGAUCUGGUGUAGAGGGCCAGCUGGCUCUUAGUGCCAGUGUCUGUUUUAUGCCAAAAACGUGCCGGUAGUGGCAGCAUUUCUGCUGGGAAUGGCCUCAGGACUGGCCAUCCGGCUCUGCAGGGAGCCUGCUGCACCCCCUGGUGGCUGGUGUUUGGCACCCGGGUGCUCAGGUGCUCUGCUGGCUUUUGGAAAAUUGGCUAAUUUCAAAGAGGGGAGGAGGGUCUUACUUUAAGGGGGUGUUUUUUGGCUGAUCGGAUUCCUUCGCUCACAGGGGUGGUCCUUGGCCUUGAAAUGCCAGACUCGCCCCUCUCUCUCACUUUAACUGUCCGGCCAACUCCAGCUGCUAGAUCUGCACUGCACACUGUUCAGCUCCAGAAGAUGCAGAGAGCAGCUGUUUCAGGGAGGGGAAGCCCUCAUCUGUUAUGGGAUGGCUGCCCCCAAAUGGAGGGAGGAAGAACUGGCCCUUACUCUAAGCAGGAUUAAUUUGUCAUGUUACUGCAUGGUAGCUGCUGGUGCUCCAGCUGACACAGGGGCUGUGUCUUCAUUUCCUUACAUGUACGCACAGCAGCAGUGACUGCACAGGCUUGCUGGGGCCUGUCUCAGCUCAACACUCUCACUAGGGUCUAAUUUUGAACUAAUGCAAAUUAAUCCAGCUACCCUGAGCCACCCUAUAGCAUCUUAAAAUGCAGGUCUAACUUCCUGCACAGGUGUAGGGGUGUGGCUUUCUCACCAGGGCCCAGGAGUGAGCAAGGCAAGGGUUUGAAAGACACCUGCAGGGAGGCAGUCUAAACCACACGCCUCUCCCUGACCUUGAGAGCAAGCUGUGGUUCCCAGUGGCAUUGUUCCCUUGUCUAGGAGUGCUGCGCUGUCAUUGGCUUCCCAGAGCAGGCAGCCUGCUGUCAAGCUAGAAAAAGCAGCUGGGUAGAUGCUGCUGUAGUCAGCGUGAGGGGUAGAACCACAUCCUGUCCCUACUGAGCUGGGAGACAGGAUCCCACAGCAUGAAUAGCUGUGCAGGCUGGCUUCAGGCUUUACUCAACAUACAAGACGCCUCAGUUGUUUCUGCAGCUUGAGCAGAAAAGACCAAAGCAAUCCAGUGAUUUCUGGAGAGAGCUGGGAGACCUGCCCUAGUUUUCUCAUAAGGUGCUUCUCUCCAAAGCAACCCCAAAAAGGAGGCCUUAGCUGCAGGCAGCCUUCUCCUCGAUGCCUUUAGUCAGCAGGGACCAGCAUUUUCCCCCUAGCACCUCUGCAGAGAUUGGCUUUUGGAUGGAAGCAAAGGGCCACCUCUUUUCACUGCUGUGAAGUUGCAGCCAGGCACGAGUGGUGUGGCAGGGCAACUGUCUAUGGCUACAUGGGUUGGCCUCUCGCUAGCCUUCAACCCACCCACUAAGCAGUACAGAGUCAGUUUGCACAAACCAAUACUAGUGCACAGGGACAAACCUUGAAGCUACGAGGCAGCUUUCUACUGCAGGAUGCAAUUGCAUCAGGCAUGUAGCACUGUUACUUAGGAGACUCCCAAGGAGGAAAUAAUUCAAGCUUAGAACAUUGGCAGAGGCUCAUUGUUUUAGUACAAGACAUCAGCUGCAACAUUUUAGUAUCUCCACUAGAGAUGGGACAUAGGGGCCCUACCCACCUCUUCACCAGGACCAGUGUGUUCGAUGGAGGCUGUUACUAGUAGCUUUGAUAUGCAGCUCUAGGACUCAGUGGACAAGCCCUGUACAGUGUGGGAAAGAGGCCGUAGUACGCUCAUUUACCUGAGCUUUUGUCCUGUCUGCAUGGAAUGCUAUAAGAGCAGCCUGGGCGAUUGCAGGAAGCUGUAACUCAGCUUGGUGACUCAUUAUGGCUGCUCAGGGUGAAUCGCUGGCUGGAGAGAGGGGGGAGACUCUGGAACCCCUUGGAAGCACAGCCACGCCUUCCUGGUCAUUGCCCUGAGAAGCAACAAUAGAGGAUUAAGCAAGAGCACAUUAGAGAAUGAUCUCAGCUGCCCCUAUACUGCGGUCUCAAGCAGUCCUUCUCUUGGUCUUUGCUCUUGCCCUGAGGUAGAGCAGAAGGGGGCUCCACAUUUUUGGUACUGAGCACAGCACUCCCCUCUGAGGUUAGUUCAGAUAUGGCUCUUGCUAGCUAGGGACUGCUAAAGUUUCCACGGUUACUAUAGCAGUUGUCCUUUGGGCAAAGACGAACUGCAGCAACACUUUCACCUAAGCUGAUGCAAAGGCUCCCUAUCAACUGACCUAUGAAAUGGUGUUUAAGAGGCUGCUUUGAACUGUUGCAAUGGUUGCACUCCUGUCCCUACUGUGUCAGCAGCUAGAAAGCAAGAAUUGUAUUCCCAGAGUCUCAUCUCCUGUAAGUCAGCUAAGACAACGCAGCCUAAGCCAGGAGCAGGCUUUCUAUUAACUCCGUAACGUUGGUACAUCACAUUAGGGAAGCUGGAGCUUUUUUUAAGAUAGGAGAAAGCUUAGAAAUGCAGUAGUUUCAUACAGAAUAAACCAGAUCUAAAUUAUGGAAAGAUUA